AUGGCCCCGGUGCUUCCUCCUCGGCCACGGCCGAUGGAACAUCGAUUGCUCUCUGGCCCUGCGCCGGGAAGUCCUCCAGCAUGGGACUCGCAAGUAAAGCCGCGGUCGGAACUCGCGAAAUGGAAAUCCUGUUCGAAUCUCAAUCAAUCGGUCUCCAAUCUCAUGGUUCAGACCUCUGAGAAGGCAAAUGCCACAAUGGCUGAUCUCGAGCAGCUGGUUCGCCAGAGUGUGAGUGGAGGUGCGAAUGUUCGCGAUUCCACGUCCCGGCUCCUGGACCAGAUCAUUACCUCGAUUGAUUUGGGGUCUUUCUGUGGCAAAGAGAAGGAGCUUCUCGCUGCGUGCGCCUUGCCAUUCCGCUCGGACGAGACUCAGAAAAACCGUCGGUCACGUCGGACUGGGAAGAAAAAACGCUCUGAGCCUGCCGACUAUUUUUCAAAGGUAUAUCUGUAUUCUAACUCGCGGCUGCCGUCGCAUCUGCCGCUCCUGAAUUUCUAUCGUCCGACCUAUCCUCUCCUCCGGCUUGCUGCUCAAUACUCACGUCGAGUAUAUGACAAGCCAUCAGGACACGAACAGCAUUCGUAUGUGGAUUCCGAUUGGCGCCAGGGUACCAAGGCCAUGGUGAUCAAGUCGUUGCCCGUUGACGAUCUAGACACGAUCGUUUUCGCCAUCCGUGGCACGCAGAGCUUUCUCGACUGGGCUGUCAACGUUCACACGGCUCCCACUUCUCCCAUAGGCUUCUUGGACGAUGCCUCGAAUUGCUGUCAUGCAGGCUUUUUAUCUGUUGCGCGGAAGAUGGUCGCCCCCGUCGCCGCCCGUCUACGCACUCUUCUCGAAGAAGACUCCUCUCGCACUUCAUAUUCGUUGAUGAUCACUGGCCACUCCGCAGGCGGGGCUGUAGCCACCCUGAUAUAUCUUCAUCUCCUCUCGGAGUCGCCGGCUGUUCAAUCUGAACUCACCCACCUGCGCGGCAUCUUCAAGCACGUCCACUGCGUCACCUUUGGGGCGCCGCCGAUUUCAUUCCGUCCACUUCAACACUCCUCUGCUUCGCGGCAAUCUAAAUCCAUGUUCUUUGCGUUCAUCAACGAAGGUGACCCGGUUGCUCGCGCUGACAAGGGUUACCUUUUGUCUCUACUUGACCUGUAUGCCUCCCCUGCACCUGGCUCAUUACUCGCAUUCCGUGAUCGCAAGGGCAUUCCGAAUCCUGCUCAUUGGCGAGUUCCUAAUUCUGCCUUGGCUGCAGCGGGGCGACUUGUUCUUCUGCGUGGUCGCGGCAGUUUAAAUGGGCGUCCUGUGAUCGCGCCGGCUGCGAACCUGGACGGAUCUAGUGUCCCACUUCGCGAAGAGGUUGAGGCAUAUGGGACCACUGAUGGGGAGCUACGUGGGGUGGUUUUUGGAGACCCGGUGAUGCACCUAAUGGACUUAUAUGCUCGUCGCAUUGACACACUCGCACAAAACGCCUUGGAGAGUCGGUGA